GACCAGUUGCCAGUAACUUCAGUUGGUGCGCAAAGUCCGGGUCGGACUAUUGUGCUCUCGUAUCCUUCAUUCAUCUCCAUGACGAAUUUACCGCGCUCUGUGUGUUGCACGAUAAAAGAAUUUAAUCAGUGGGAAGUUCAAUCAAUUUCGCGGAUGCUGAACGCAACCGUGAUUUUGCGUUGAAUUAAUAUUCGUCGGUUUGUUCAGUAUGGAAAGACAAUUCAGACGAUCUAUUUAUAUUUUCUAUUGUGACACCAAUGGCUGGACAGUGGAGGCUACUGAUCACACGCUGCUGUACAAACAAUUCGAGGAGUAGUAACAAUUCCAUCAAAUUAUUUUCUCGGAAUUUUACAUGCAACAGUGCAUGAACAAAUUCUAAAAAAACAUAAUUCUGAAAAUGCCGGCAGUAAAGAGAGAUAUUCCGCUACCUGCGGAGAGUCAAAAUGCGGCACGCCCUCUUAGCACUUCUCAACUCCUCACUACAUUACCCAGUGAAAUAAUGAAACCGGGGACAACCAGCGAAGAGUCUGCAACUGCAGGCGUUUCGGAAGCUCCAACAGAGUCGACAGCGAAGAAUAUCGCGAAGAAGAUAGAAAAUGUCGGUGAGGAGAUAGCAGCUGCCACAGGCAUUCCAACAUGGGGAGUGGUGGCUAUCUUCAUAGCUGUGGGUGCAGUAGUCCUGGGCAUCUGCUUCUGCUGUAUAAGGAGAUGCUUCCGCAAGCGUCGAUCAAAGGAUGGCAAGAAGGGCCUGAAAGGCGCUGUGGACCUGAAGAGCGUCCAGCUUCUCGGUGGCACCUACAAGGACAAGGUACAGCCCGACAUGGAGGAGUUGACGGACAACGCCGAGGAGCCGGAUGAAGCUGAGAGCAAACAGAGCGAGGUCAAGCUUGGAAAGCUCCAGUACAAGCUCGAAUACGACUUCAAUUCAAACAGCUUAGCUGUGACAGUCAUCAAGGCUGAGGAGCUACCUGCACUCGAUAUGGGUGGCACCUCGGAUCCUUAUGUCAAGGUUUAUCUUCUGCCGGAUAAAAAGAAGAAGUUCGAGACGAAAGUGCACAGGAAGACACUCAACCCUGACUUCAACGAGACCUUCACGUUCAAGGGCGUUCCCUAUGCUGAUGCCAUGAACAAGACCCUCGUAUUCGCCAUUUUCGAUUUCGAUAGGUUCUCGAAGCACGAUCAGAUUGGGGAAGUUAAGGUGCCACUCUGUCAGAUUGAUUUGGCUCAGACAAUCGAGGAAUGGCGAGAGCUGCAGAGUGUUGAGGGUGAGGGUGGACAGGACAACAAACUGGGUGAUAUCUGCUUCUCCCUUCGCUACGUUCCCACCGCUGGAAAACUGACGGUUGUCAUUCUGGAGGCGAAGAAUCUGAAGAAGAUGGACGUCGGGGGUCUCUCCGAUCCCUACGUCAAAAUCGCCCUAAUGCAGAAUGGAAAGCGAUUGAAAAAGAAGAAGACAUCUAUCAAAAAGUGCACCCUCAACCCUUACUACAACGAAUCGUUCUCAUUCGAGGUUCCCUUCGAGCAAAUUCAGAAAGUAAAUCUCAUGGUAACAGUCGUUGAUUAUGACCGCAUUGGGACAUCUGAACCAAUCGGUAAAGUCAUCCUCGGUUACAAUGCAAGUGGUACUGAAUUGAGACAUUGGUCUGACAUGCUGGCAUCCCCGAGACGCCCCAUUGCACAAUGGCACACACUCAAGGACCCUGAGGACGGUGAUAAGAAGGAUUAAGACCCCUCCAGUCCUUGUGCGAGGUAAAUUAACGAACGAAUAGAAGGAGUCAAAGUCCCACGUUCCCCUCCUUUUAUUCUCCAAUUAAUUAAUUAACAAACGUUAAAGAUAAAAAAAAAACAGGAGCCGAAAUACUUCGAAAUACGUUUAGACACUUUAUAAUUUUCACUGAAGCGGAGAGUAAAUUGCAUUAUUGAUGAGACAAUUGACAAAUUUUCAAAUGGCAGAGGGGAAAAUACCUAAUGGAUAUUAUCUAUCGAACGAUUAUUCCGAUGAUUUAAAAAAAUGGGAAUAACUUACCAUCACGAAUAUAGAAUUUAACAUGCUCUGACGAAGUGUAGUGUCUUGUAUAUACACAUAUAUCUUAUGUACUUCUCUCUAUAGAUGAAUUUUAUUGAGCAGAGAGUGGUGAUGAUUUCUUCACGAAUGACGUCACCAUUGACAUCGGCAUUUUCACACGAAUGAAAUAAUUUAAUAGAAAAAUUUGGAGGGACGAUAAAUUUCCCCUAGAAAAUCCCAGCCAGGAAUUUUAUUACAAAUUUAAUUGGAUUUCUACUGAAUUUUCCAUCUGUUUUUGGCGGAUGCCAUUGAAAUGCCAUUCAAAUAUUCCAUAGAAUUUUUUCGGUCUAUUUUUGUUAUUUGAUUUUCAUCUCAAGGAGAAAAGAGACAUAGAAUGAAACAAGGAAGCCUAGAAAAUUCUAUAGAAUAUCUCUAUAGAAGUCUAUGGGAGCCUAUACAAUUACAUAAAAUUCAAUAAAAAUCCGAUAGAAUUUCCUGGAGAUAUCGUCGCUCUAUUAAAUUUAUUCGUUCGUGGACGUAUUUUGGGUUUAUUUUAUCAAAAUCACUAGUUUUGAAACGAGAAAUGAAUGACUCAUUUUCAUUCACCUGCAUAUCCCGUUUAAUCAUGUUUCAUUUAAUAUAUUUAUUAUAUUUUACGUAGAUUGACUAACGAUUGACGUUAUUUUAUGACGAUUAAAAUGAAUUUAGUGAUUGGUUGGUUGUAAAAGUUCAUUGUUAUACUCAUGCUAAAUAUCAUUGUUUUAUCAUUUCAUUAAUGGGAAAAUGCUUUCUCACGAUGUCUUCGUACGCUGACGUAAUAACCAUAAUUCAUAAUAAUAAUGAUAGUGACGAUAAGAGGAGGAAAUGGAGAACAGUGCAGAGGACGAAAAUACUAAUGACAUUUUGAGUUGUUUAUUGUACACACGUCAUUGGUAUUUUUUUUAAAAACCGACAUUCAAAUUAUUUUCAAAUUGUUUGGUUUGGAUGAUAAUUUUCGGUAAUUCCGCUGGUAGAGUGAAAGAAGGUUCUGGAGUCGUAUGAAUGAAUUUCACGGUCAUAUUGAUGUCGAAAAAUCCAUUAUUGAGAGCCUUGGAAUUACGAUACGCCAUUUAAUCAACUUCUAUGGUAUUAACAGCUAAAAUUAAAAUGACCGAAAUGUGGAGGGAAUUUAAGAACAGGCCUAGGGUUUCGGUGUCUCUGCAGAUCAACAGGAAUUGGGAGGGAUUGGAACGGCGAAAUAAUUUCGUAGAAAAAUCCAGCAAAUUUCGCGAGUAAUUUAACGGCUUCACUGAGGGGGAAUUUAUAAAAAUUAUUUCAUGGGGAAAUUUGAAAUGAAAAAUUUCUACAGAAAAUGGAAAAUUAAAUUCUACCGAUUGUUCCAUCGAAUUCUGCGGAUUUUUCUAUGAAAUUUAAUCCCACGUGUGAAUACAUUCAAGAGCACAAAUAUAUUACAUGUGUUGUUAACCAUAAUUGCAAUGUUUCCGAUGGUUCCUCGUGAACUGGCGUAUAUAGUACAUGUACCUAUCCUGUAUUGUACAUAUUUUAUUCCGUUAACGUAUUAAAAAAGCCAGAACACACUAAAACAUGUUUUCAUUUGAAUGAGAAACAGUAGUGGAUUAAUCCAUUAAUUUUAAUCCCCUGAAUAAUUACUCCCUUCGACGAUUGCGAUUGAAUUUCUCUUUUCCCUCCGCUCCAUUUGUAAAUAAUUUAGAGUAAUUUAUGUACAUAUACACCAGUGGAAAAAUCAUCCCGCGAAAUAAAUCUGAGAACGGCCUUUUCUUCGAAAUUAUCCCCGACGCGAAGAGAAGAACAAUGAAAAAAUAAAAAAAAAUCAAAUCUGUGCGAGAUUCUGCAGAGGAACAAAUAUAUCUAAAGAAUACAAUUUAACAAAUGGACAAUAUAUGUAAAAAUGAAGUUUUCCAAGUCACCUUUGGAACUUUUAUCAUCACCGACAUUGAUGUAAUCACGUGAUCGAGAUAAUUAUACAACGCCGAGGUAAAAAAAAUGUGUUUAUUUGUUCCAAAACUAAUGGGCGUUGAAGGACGUCAUUAAAAUCCGCAAUCAGCGCUCCGAUACCUUCAGACUAGAUUAAGUUCUGGGAGUUAUCCCAGAUAAAACUGAAAAAAACUCGAUUAAUUGUCGUUGGCUCAUCUUUUUAUGAAAAAUGAUGUACGAUUUAUAAGAUAGCCCCUCAGUGUGAGCACAUCGAUGCUCACACACAUGGAUCAGUAUUUCCGAUGAUUAUAGGAUUAAAACAUUCUGUCAGUAUCUAGCAGAAUUAAGACAGGCACCUACUAGAGAUUUUAAUCCGAGGGGUUAUUCACAGGCGAAUAAUUUCAUCGAUCGCAGUCGAAAGCUAAUUAAAAUAAAUAAAAGCAAAAUAAAAAUAUUUUCCAGCUCCUCAUGAAUAUUCUUUCCACAUUUUAAUGCCAGUGGAGCCAUCAGAAUUAAUUGGUUGUACCUUUAAAUGGUUCUAAUCAACGUCCAGAGUGUACCAGUGACCGGAAACCCCGUUCGCAUCCUCUCUGAUUCUGGAAAAAAAUCCUUUUGAAUUAAUAAAUUUUCAAUAUUAUGAAAUUGCAUAAUUAUAAUGAAUCCGUGAAUUUUCCGGGGAUUAAAAUCGAUUACAACGUGGAAUGAUCCCACCUCUACCCCCGUGAGUGGCCCCUCGAUUUAAUCGCGAGUAUUUAUUAUUUGGUUCAAUCGUUUUGUUGUCAGGACCAAGUAUUACUGUAACAAUGAAUCAUCUCGUUCCAUGGGCCAUUAUUUUGCACUGAUGCAUCGAUUCACUGAGGGAAUACAUAAGCAAUUAUAUAUCAUUAAGCUGUUACGGAGAAAUUGAGUGAGGACAGUAAAUUCGAGCGAGUUGGACCACUUUAUUUGUCUAUUUCCACUAUCAUCCUUCCACCCUGGGCUUUUACAGCUUCAAUCCAAUUAAUUCGCUUCGCACUGCACAUUUUCAUUAAACAUUCGGAACAUUGCGUAACCGAUGUUAUGAUUUAACUGAUUUUGAAGCCUCUGUGAGGCACGUCCAGCUGAGAAUAAAAAAAAAACGAGAGUACCUCAGAUUGUAUAAUAAACAAAUAUUAUAUAACACCGCGAUGUGUAUAUAAAAUUAUAUAAUUGUCAGGUACGCGAGGAGAUGUAGCGAAAUGUGAAAGAUACACGAGGGAAAUUUCCGUGGGAAUUUCAAUGGCUAGGGAAUUUAAAAAAUAUGUUGAUAGUUAGAAUAAAAAUUGAGAAUUUAAUUAAUUUUUGAAAUGAUAAUCGAGUAAUAAAUUCUGUCGUUGUUUUUAAUGUUUAGUUUUUUUUUCAUUUCGUAUAUUAAAUCGAAAGGUAAAUUUUAAUUUAAUAUGUCAGGUCCAUUGUUUCUAUAAAUAGAGUUCAGUUGACAAUUCCCUUGUGGUUGAAAUUACCGGUGAAAUUUCUGCUAGUGUAUCGAGAGUGAAUUUAAUCAAUUGAGUGUAUCUGCACGCAUGUACCUUUGACACUAAUGUAUCUAGAGUGCCUUUGAUUAUUUCGAGGAAUUAUUGAUUUCGAAAAGUAACAACUCGUUGUAGUCAUCGCAAUUGCUGUCCUCCUGAUGUCUAGUUGGGCUGGAGUUUACGAUUCGUAGAAUCGACGAGAGUUAGCACAUCACUGGUGGCUAUCACCUAUUUAAACGUCAUUCUAGACCUUUGGUUUUGACGACUGUAGUGAACAGGAUUUUUUAUUGAUUUUUUGAAUUGAAAAAACGGCCGUAGUACAAACAUUUUGUGAAAAAUACGUAUCCAAUAGUUUUCACAAAAUUUGUGUAGCUCAUCAAUUUUUUUAAUGAAAAAAAAAAUCCUAAAACUAUCCCGUUGGGAACCUGGGAUGAGUGCGUUUCAUUCGAAGUUAGUUAAAGGCGGAUAACUCGUAAAUAAAGAGAGUCAGAGAAAUUUUUAUAAAUAUCUUUUUUGUAGAGCGAAGGGUGGACUAAAAAAAUGGUGUAUAGAAAAAUUUUGCUAUCUCCUCUCGUUGAAAAGAUCUGGAGCGAUAAUUGGGAAUGCACUUGUUCUCGGUCCACGAUUCAUUACAGAUCGUCGAUUUUAAUAGGGACACUAUCAUAAUCACAGAACACUGAUCAAAUCUUAAUCAUUAGGCACGAGCGGUAACCCUGUGUCGUUGAUCGACUGAAAACUUAUAUUUGGGAGUCAUACAUUGUGUAUUAUAGAUAUUUAUCUGUGAAGGAGAGUGAAGAUUAUUGUGGUAUAUUAGGAAAAUGUUAUGGUAGACUGGUACACGUGUAAUAACUAUGCCCUACUUUGGGGUUUCGGGGGUGGGUCUGAAUUUGAAAUAAAUGGUAAUUCGGUUCGGGAUUUUGAAGGAAGAUAAAGGAUCAAAUUUUCAGAAAUUGUAAUUCAAUAGAAUCGAACGUUGAAUUUGAAUCGAGAAAAUUUGAUAGGAAAUAUCUUAAUAGAAUAAUUCGUCAAGAAAAGAAUUCUAUUGACAUUUUCUAUAAAAUAUUUCCUAUAAAAGUUGAAGAUUCCAAUUGAAUUCAGAACCACCAACCGAAAACCUCCUGGAGCUAAUUUUUCCCAUUCGUUGAUUUAUACGGAUCUAAAUAUUCAAUCGCCGGAAAUUUAUUGAAUCACAGUUCAAUGAGCCAUCACCAAACUCAUUGCAAAUUGUCAUUGGAAAAUGCAGUGACUAAACGAAAUAAAAAUCCCACAAUUGCGAGAAAUAUUGAACGAAUAGCCUAGUUAUUGUUCAUCCAGGCACUAAUCCAACUCGAUCACAUUCCACUGCACCACUGAGUAAUUACUAAGAUACGUGUGAAACCAGUGCCUUACUGCAUUCUCUAAUGACAAUCAGUAAUGCCCUUGAAAUUCGCAACUCGAUCGUUGACAUAGCAAAAAAAAUAUCCACCAAAAAUCAUCCUCACGAUUUUUCCCUCAAGCUUAUCACCACCAUCAAUCAACUCACGAUUUCAAGAAGGAAUAAUUACAAUAUUAAUCAAAGGAAUCCGGAGAUUAUGUAAAUAAGAUUGAUUGAAUGAUUGAACCAAGAAAAAAUUCAAUGUUUGCAAAACCCCUCGUUCCGUUCACUCUCGAAAUUUGUAAUAAAUAAAUGGAUUUAUUUACUGAGUACUGGUAGUUUUCACCGAGGAAUGGAGACGAUGAUGACACACAGUAGGGAUGAUAGUGUUAUCUCAACAGUAGUGGUAUUGAUUGUAAAGAAUUAAACAAAAAAAUGAUGCAGAUGUUUGUCCCCAGCUGAGUAUCCUCGGAACAACCCCCAAGCGAUAAUACUCGCAGGACGAUGAUUUUUCAGGUAAAAAUUUCAUCGUAAUAAGAACAAUUGAAUGAAAUCGAAAUUAAUCGAUGAAUAAUACAACAGCUUGAGCAGGAGGAGAUUCCGACGCACGAAUUCGAAGAUAACUUGAUCUUUUUAUUGGUAUGCACUAUUAAAAUUAAAUGACAUGACGGAAGAGAUUUAAAUUAUGAGGUAAAAAUGAGUAAAAAUGACCCCCACGCCUCCAGCUUGCGAACAUAAAUAAACUUAUAUAAAUAAAUAAAA